AUGUCGAUUUCACCCAUCCUGACGUUCAAGGCGGGGCUCUGUGAGCUUGAUACGAGUACCUCGCCUCCACGAGCAAAACCUCUACCAACUCCAGGAUACCUCUACCUCUACGCAGAUGAACUCCUCCACCUAUGCUGGCGACCGAGGACUGCUCCUUUGGACCAGCCGCAACUCGACUUAUUGAUGGUGCCAAUGGACGGAUCGUUCACCCCCUACCAGCCUACCAGCGCGGAAAACCCUUCCAACUCGAAGACGCCCACGAACGGAAGAAUCUACGUCCUCAAAUUUACCUCCAGCUCUCAGAGACACCUCUUCUGGCUACAAUCGCGCAGUCAGCAUCCGCAAGGUGACCCGUCAUGGUUCUCCGCUCGAGAUCUGAAGCUAGGCCAGAUCGUGAACAAUCUCCUUCAAGGCGAAGACGUCGAUGUCCAAGAACAAAUGGCUAGUUUACCUCCCGAUGGAAAUUCCCCAGACGACGACGGGGCAGAGCCCAUGGAGGAUGUGGAAGGCACAGAUCAUAACCCCAACCGCCGCCCUUCACAAGGUCCUGGAGCUGGUCCAGAUGCCACGGGCGGGGAUUUUCGAGAAGAAGGAGAAGAGUCACGCGAGGGCGGGGCGGAUGGCGGACGAGCGGCGGCCGCUGAGGGUCUGGAUGCCAGUGCCUUGGUUCGGAACUUUCUUCAAUCCAUGGAACAACGUCCCCAGCACCAGGCGCCGCAGGAGAAGCUGUUCACAUCACUAGGUGACCUGCUGACGGGGUCAUCAACUUUGCCAUUAAUUGAAUCAGCCGAUGACAAGUUGUUGGACCGCUUGUUUGAAUGUCUCCCGACCCAUCUGUCAGAGAUGGUGCGGGCUUCGGUCGACACGUCAUCCUUACAAGACCCAAACUCGGCCCCGGAGCAACGGGACGCGGUAAAAAGGCAAUUGACCAAUUGCAAAAAGGCUUUGUUGCGCAGAGUGUUGCACACGCCGCAGUUCACGCAAAGUUUGUCCAGUCUGACGAUUGCACUGAGAGAAGGUGGUCUUCCGAUAGUCAGUGAGACCUUCAAGAUCCCGGUUCGUAAUGGCGGAUAUCUCAGACACGGCGGAGUACCUAUGGGUGGAGGCGAGGCUGUGGAGGCGUUCAUAGCAGGAGUGAAAAAGGACGUCGAAGACAAGCUCGCAAAAGGAGACGAGGAUGGGGCAGGCGACCGGAUGGAUCAAGACUGA